AUAUUUACAAACAACUUGGAGAUUUCUUCAUUACUUGAUUCAUCCAAUUGAUUUCAUUGAUUGAUUGAUUGGUGGUUGAUUGUGCGAAUUCGGCGUCGGGGAAAGAACAACACCAAGUAACAGAGAGGAACGUGAAUAAACUAAGAUGGGGCGUAUGCACAGUAAGGGCAAGGGAAUUGCCCAAUCGGUUAUUCCGUAUCGAAGAAACCCACCGUCUUGGGUGAAGACAACACCGAACGAAGUUGUCGAUAUGAUUUGCAAGCUGGCCAGAAAAGGACUGGUACCGUCCCAAAUUGGUGUUCAUCUUCGUGAUUCUCAAGGCGUUCCUCUCGUGAAACAAAUAACCGGUAAUAAGAUUGUUCGGAUUUUAAAGGCAAACGGACUGGCUCCAGAAAUACCUGAGGAUCUUUACUUUUUGAUUAAAAAGGCAGUUGCAGUGCGUAAACAUUUGGAAAGGAACCGAAAAGACAAGGAUUCCAAGUUUCGGUUGAUUCUUAUUGAGAGCAGAAUACAUCGACUUUCUAGGUAUUACAAACGUACAAAGCAGUUACCUCCCAACUGGAAAUAUGAGUCAGCCACUGCAUCCGCACUUGUCGCCUAAUAAAGCUCACAGCGAGUGCUUUGUUAAUUACUGUCAAGUUU